UUCUAAUGUUGAUAGAUCUCCUUCCGCUUACCAACCAGGCAACCUUGUGCUAUCUGAUGAGACAACUUAAAAAGGUCUCCGAUCUUUCCUCAACAAAUCAAAUGUCCAUUGCAAACUUGGGUAUAGUCUUUGCCCCAGCAAUAUUUGUAGAUCCAAUAGAAAUGCGCCCGUCUGCCUCUAUUUGGGGUACUGGAAGUUCUUGUUGUUUAAGUAGCAGUACAAGCAGUGUGACGGCUAAUGGAGAUUCGUCUAGAUGCCGUCCAUUGUCUAACAUUGCAAAUUGUAGGAAAAAGAAGUUUACGGGUUCUCAGGAAAGCUUAAGAGAAAUUGAUUUUGUAAAGCGCAGAAAAGGUUUGCAGGCUUCUGUUGUCUCUCUACUUAUUCAAUAUGCUAAUUAUUUGUGUAUUCCUCGAAUAAUGCCACCAGUUAAUCGUGGUUUUCUUCAUCGUAAAAGUUCUGAUUGUUCUUCAUUUUUAAUUCAACAACAACAAUUAUUGCAAAAAAAUGUCCAAAAAGAGCAACAACAAAAACAAUCGACAAGUAACCAAAAUAAUAAUGAAAGGCAAAGUCGAGGAUUAACUAGAGGAAAUAAUAGCAAGGAAAGUCGUAAAAUAUGGCCUAGAAGUGCUUCUGAAAAUCCAUUUCAACGAACCCGUGCUUUCUUCGGAAUUCCUUUUGGAAAGAAUGGUUCAUUUGUUCCGCGUGACAAAGCUCCAACAACUCCAAAGGUUCAUCAAAACCGUCUUCCAAUACAUUUUUGUUCUCCAGAAAUGAAUUUGCAACAAAAACAGCCAGCAUCUGUUCAAUUUUUGUCGCCGACUUCUGCUUCAAUGAAAUAAAAAAAAAUUUUUUUAAGGAAGGGUAUAUUUUAGGAGAAAUGAUGAAACAUGA